AUGAAAUACUCUAACUUUUUAUUAUUAUUCUUUUUUAAUUUUCUAAUUAUUUUUGUUUUUGGUGACUGUGUUUUCAAUAAUAUUGAUUAUUCACAUCUAAGUAACCCAAAAGGUUAUUCGGCACCAAGUGCUUUAAACCUUCAUAAAGAAGAAAUUGGAAAAUAUACCUUCCAUUGGAAUAUUUGUGGUAGUUGUUCCAAAUGCAGUCCCCUUAGUGGAUCGGCAUGUCAAAGAAAUGACGGGCGUAAUGAAAUAAUUGGUGAAGCUUCAAGACAUCUCUGGGGUAUAGAACAAUCAUCAGGAAAAACAACACUAACCUAUUUUUCUAAAAAUGGCCAUGGGUGCCCAGAUAAACCUAGACAAUUAACUAUCAUUUUUGUAUGCACAAAUGAACCCUUAAAAACCUCGCUUGUGUAUGAAGAUUCUGAAUGUAAAUAUAGUGUUACAAUGUAUGGAGCCUGUGGUAGAGCUAUAAAUUAA